AUGAGGCGCAGGAAGACGGCGGUGGCGGCCGGCUGCUGCCUCGCCUUCCUCCUGGGCACCCUGCUCAACGUCCUCUUCAUCCCCGGCUCCGAGCACCCGCCGCCGCCGCCCCGCGACGGGGCGCCCCCCUCCCCGCCCGGCGCCCCCCUCUACCCGCCGGAGGAGGAGGGCGGCGGCGGCGGCGGCGGCGGCGGCGGCCGGGCCGCCCUGGCGCGGCAGAUCCGCGAGCGCUACGAGGAGGUGCUGCGCUACCGGCAGCACCGGGCGGCGGCGGCGGCGGGGCGGCGGCCGCUGCGGCCGCGGGAGCGGCGCCUGAUGGACCUGGCGCCGCCGCGCACCUCGGCGGAGCAGCCGCGGCCGCCGGGGCCGCGGGCCGAGGGGCGGCGGCGGCGGCGGCGGGGCCGCGGGCCGGCGCCUCGGCCGAGCUCUCUGGAGCCGCCGCUGCUGGGCUGCCGCGACAUCCGCAAUGUCAGCGGCGUGCAGUACUUGGGCUCGGGGUACACCAAGGCGGUCUACAAGGCGGUCCUCAACCGCACGCUGGCCGUGGCGCUGAAGGCGGUGGAUUUCGGCGGGCACGACAUCGCCCACUGCGUGCGGCAGUUCUCCGCCCUGGGGGACUGCUACCGCCUGGCCGCCUACAAGAUCGUCAAGGAGAUGAUCCUGCUGCAGCGGCUGCGCCACGCCAACGUCCUGCAGCUCUAUGGCUAUUGCUACCAAGAUAGCCAUGACAUCCCAGACACACUGACAACCAUCACUGAACUAGGCUCGCCUUUAGAGAUGAUUCAGCUUUUACAGACUUCCUGGGAAGACAGAUUUCGAAUAUGUCUCAGCUUAGUUCGGCUUCUGCAUUAUUUGGCUCACUCUCCGCUUGGCUCCGUGACAUUACUGGAUUUUCGCCCUCGGCAGUUUGUUAUCGUGGAUGGGGAGCUGAAGGUGACGGAUCUGGACGAUGCCAGCAUCGAGGAGAGCUCUUGCACCAGUAACAGCGACUGCUUCAUGGAAUUCCCCGCGAGGAACUUCACCCUGCCCUGUUCGGUUGAGGGACGGUGUCAGAGUAUGAACGAAAAGAGGAAUCUCUACAACGCCUACAGGUUUUUUUUUACGUAUCUUCUGCCACACAGUGCUCCAUCCUCACUGAGACCAUUACUGGAUAAGAUAGUCAAUGCAACAGGAGAACUUCACUGGGGAAUAGAUGAGACGGCUGCUCAGCUAGAGAGAGUUUUGAAUCUGUAUAAGAGUGGAGAGUACCUGCAGAACACGACCCGGAUGCCGAAAGCUGAGUACAGACGGGUGCCUGAAGCUUUUAUUCCUGAUGAGAACUACAGAUGCUGGCCGUCUUACCAUCAUAAGGGCUGCCUCCUCUCCGUGUUUGACGUCAACGAAGCCAUUGAGAUCUGUGACAGCUACUCCCAGUGCAAAGCUUUCGUCCUAACUAACGAGACGACUUGGACAGGUCGGCAGCUUGUCUUCUUCAAGAUGGCCUCAAAUCAUAUCAUGCCUGAUCCUGACAAGAUAACAUAUGUGAAGGUGACAGACUGACACCUAAAGUGGCUCAGUCUGAUCCGUGAGUGACAAGAGCUGUUUGUGUAUAAAUAUAGGCAGCUGUUAGGUAGAAGGCGGCUGUGGCCGGAGAGAUAAUUGCACUAUUACUCAUUCUAAUCUAUAGAGUGCUAAACAGAACUUUAAAGAAAUAACCUGCAUGACCAGGAUGAAUGUGCAAUAAAACAACAUUUUGAAAAUGUGAUUUUUUUUUAAAAAAUAAAGCAAAAUACAAGAUAUGAUACACUGUUAGGGUAUAAUUUUGGUUAUAAAUCAGCUGGCAGCUCUGGCUUUUCUAACCAAGGUUAGCAUAACGUUUCUGACCUGUUCAUGUGUGUACAGGGAUGAAAGUUGAUCAUUUCUAUGGGACGUCUGUAUCCUCCGCGCUGAUAUUUAUUUGGGCACGUA